CGCAGGGCGGCGCCAUGGCGCAGCAGCGAUGGGUCCGCCUCUCGGCCGAGAAGCCCACCAGCACCGUCUGCCUCCUGGGCACCGAGCUCUCCCUCGACGUCUCCGGGUCAGCCCCUGUGGGGGCCACGUCCUUCGACGUCUGGGGGACAGCAGGAGUCAACCUCUACAUUGUCCACAAGGGGGAAACUCUUAAGAUCCCUUCCUGUGUGCCGCGGUGGCCCUUGGAGACCAACAUAGAGGCCAUAAUAAGCAUGGAUACCCCGAGCAGCAGAGUCAACAGUGACAAGGUCAGAAUUUCAUACUACAAGGACAACGGGAAGGGCUCCAUGGCCCAAGCUGUGCUCCACCUCACCUGCGUAGAGAUCUCCUUGGAUGUCGACACGAGCCGGUCGGGGACUGUGAACAGGAAAGCUAAAAACAAGAGGACGUGGACGUGGGGCCCGGAAGGCAAAGGAGCCAUCCUCUUGGUGAACUGCGACAGAGACUACCUCUCAGGAAAGGAAAUGGAUAACCAGGACAAGAAAGUGGAAUCGUAUGCAGAUCUCAAGGACAUGUCCCUUAUGAUCCUGACCACCUGCGGGCCUGAAGGCAUUUUUGACGAGUACCAGCUGGUCCUUCACGUUUCAGCCUCUGACCACGACAGAGUGGGCGUCUUUCAUGCCAAGGGGGGGAAGAAGCUGUUCCAAUACAAGCAUAUCCUGGGAUCAGGGAAGCUCUCCUACGUGGUGGAACAGGACGGCUUCCAAGAGAAAAACUUCUACGUGGAAGGGCUGUCCUUUCCAGAUGUCGACUUCUCAGGGCUCGUGUCCUUCCACAUCACGCUGCUGGAGAACCCGUCUGAGGGGCUGCCGGACGUCCCCAUUUUCAAUGACACCGUGGUUUUCCGGAUGGCUCCAUGGAUAAUGACCCCCAAUACCUUGCAGCCGAUAUCGGUUUACAUCUGCAGCAUUAAGUCCAACGCUGACUUCGUAGCGGCUGUGAGCAAGCUCGCGGUGAAGGCUGGUUGCAAACUGAUCAUCUGCCCACAACAGGAAAACCGUGGGGACCGCUGGAUUCAGGAUGAGAUGGAGUUUGGCUACGUGCAGGCUCCACAAAAAGGGUUUCCGGUGGUCUUCGACUCCCCUAGAAACGGGCUGCUGAAGGAUUUCCCCUUUAAAGGUGUUUUGGGCCCAGAUUUUGGAUAUGUGAAGCGAGAGCCGGCUAAUAAGAAGACCGUCUCCAGCUUGGACUCCUUUGGAAACCUGGAAGUCAGCCCUCCAGUGACCGUCAGGGGCCAGCAGUACCCCCUGGGGCGAAUCCUCAUCGGGAGCUACUUCCCCAGCUCUCAGGGCAACAGCAUGGUCCAGGUCGUCCGGGACUUCCUUUACGCCCAGAAAGUGCAGCAGCCCGUGGAACUGUACUCCGAUUGGCUGGUUGUGGGCCACGUGGAUGAGUUCUUGACGUUUGUCCCGGCUCCUGAUAGAAAGGGUUUCCGCCUGCUCCUGGCCAGUCCCACCGCCUGCUACAAACUGCUGAAGCAGAAGGAGCAAGAGGGCCACGGAGACGCGGUCAUGUUUGAAGGAGUGAAAAAAAGCAAAGAAAUCUCGAUAAGAAAGAUUCUCUCUGACCAGACGUUGCGAAACACCAACCAUUAUUACCAGAAAUGCAUCGACUGGAACCGGGACAUCCUCAAGGAGGAGCUGGGGCUGACCGAGGAAGACAUCAUCGACCUCCCCCAGCUCUUCAAGCGCAGCACCACCUCCAGCAAAGCUGUCGCUUACUUCCCCGACCUGGUGAACAUGCUUGUUCUGGGGAAAUACCUGGGCAUCCCCAAACCGUUUGGGCCCAUUAUUCACGAUCAGUGCUGCCUGGAGGAGGAGGUCCGUCGCCUGUUGGAGCCCCUGGGAUUGUCCUGCACCUUCAUCGAUGAUUUUGAAACCUACCACGAAAACCUUGGCGAAGUCCACUGCGGCACCAACGUCCGCCGGAAGCCGUUCUCCUUCAAGUGGUGGAACGUCAUCCCCUGAGUCGGGAAGGGAGGGCAGCCCUGGCCAUUCCCUGCACUCUGGGCGGCAGCGGGAGGUGCCGAAGUAGCUGCUGCGUAGCUUGCCGCUAUCUUGUGCCCAACGCAUCCUCGGGAACUUUCAAAGGGACCACAUGGUUUCUCCCACUGGUAGUGCAAGAAGGUUUCAGAACUGGGUCCCCUUUUUGCCCUGAGGGCUCACACGGAACCCAUCAAAAAGCAGCACAGAUUCAGCCCUUUAACUCACAGCAGAGAAACAGGGUACGAAGGUGCAGCGUCCACUGAAAGCAUCCAGGAUGAGGGGUGUGAUACACAUUCCAAGUAAAAUAGGAUUGGUCUCCCGGGGGAGGGCGAAGGAGAAGUAGCAAGUGGGUGUGUGCGUGGAAAGUGCCGUCAAGUCUUAGCCAACUUACAACCCCAGCAAGAGACUUCCAAGGCAAGGGAGCAGCAGAGGUGGCUUUUGCCGUUGCCUCCCUCCUCGGUGGUCUCCCUUCCAGGUACGGACCCUGCUGCGUUCCUGAGAUCGGUUGAGUUCGGGCGACACCGUCCUGCCUUCCCUCUGACCAGCAAAUGGUUACAGAACCAUAAAAUUCAGCCCUGUCCCGGUCGCAUUCAGCCUUCCUCCUCCCUUUUAGUCCACCUACUUAAAAACCAAAGCCUUCCACAUUCCAAAGCAAGCUCUGAGCUUUCUGGCCUGGAAACGGGUCCAGAGAACGGUCC